UAAAAUUAAAAAUUUAUAAUUAAAAUUAUCAACCAAAAAACUAUAACAAAAAACUAUUGUGCACCCCACAAUGGCCAAUUACAACUCAAAUUGUGGCUAUUAUGACGACUACAUUGGCUAUUAUUCCAAUGCAAAUGUUUAUCAACAGGAUUACUGCAUGCAACCGGAAUAUGAAUAUAAUAAACAUGAAUAUGAUCUCUUCGACGCCAAGGUACCACCCUCGCAACGCUCGUCCGGCUUUCACAUAUCGGACAUACUCAAUUUGGAUGGCAGCGAGCUGAAGAACGGUGUUGUGCCCACACAUCACAGCGGCGAAACGGAUAUUAGUCAGCAUGCCACACCACAACAACAUGCCACUCAUUUAACACAUCUACAUCCACAGCAUCACCCCCACAACAAUAAUAACAACACUAGCUUACACAAUAACAACAAUAACGCGAAUAGUAAUAGCAAUGGUGAGGCUCAACACAGCGCAGCACAUUUAACGCCACCCGCAUCGGUGCUGAGUGCCACCGGUUCCACCUUAACGGUACCCACAGAUGAUCAAACAACACAACAUUCUGCCGGUGGUACAACACCUACACCUCUGACGGCUGUUAGCAGCGUGGUUAACGGUGCGGAUGGCGGUCAGGUCGGGAGUGGUGGAGUGCAGCAUCAAAGCGCCGCUGCUGUAGCGGCAAAUGCAGCCUCCGCUCAAGCGACCGCCCAUCUCAUUGCUAGUCAUCACAAUGCUGUUGCGGCGGCAGCGGCCGCAGCGGCGGGACAAUAUUUGCCAAAGAAUUUUACAAGUUUCAGUGAUGAGCUCUCGUCGUACCAUCAGAUGACGCACACGGUGUUGUCGCAUCCGGCGCGUGGCGCGUGGAUUAAGGAGAAUGAACUUUAUGGCAUUCAACAGCCCGCCAGUCCGGACAGCACUUCGCCACACACGUCAGAGGUCUCCUACACCUACAUCGGCUCCAAUUGUCAAACCUCACCAGCACUCUCUGGCGACUACAAGACCUACAGCCGUUCGGCGGAAAGUGAUGCGCUCUCCGUUGGUGAUGCCAAUUCAUUGCACAUGCAGACACAUGCCAGCGCCGCGGCUCAUCAACAACUACACGCACACCAUCAACAGCUCAACAAAAAUAUGCCAGGUGUUGGUGGCGCUGGAGGUGCUGACAACACCAGCGCCGGCGGCUCUUCCUCCAAUCCGCAUGACGAUAGUCUCAUUGAGGACGGCAUCGAAGAGGAUAUUAUGGAUGAUGAGAAUGAUGACGAGAAUGGUGGUAACGGUUCGACGAAUGGUGCCGAUGGCAUGCCAAAUAAGAAACGCAAACGACGUGUACUCUUCACGAAAGCACAAACUUACGAAUUGGAGAGACGUUUCCGUCAACAGCGUUACCUCUCCGCGCCCGAGCGUGAACAUCUCGCCAGUCUGAUACGUCUAACGCCGACACAGGUGAAGAUCUGGUUCCAGAAUCAUCGCUACAAGACGAAACGCGCCCAGAAUGAGAAAGGCGUCUACGAACAUCAUCCCGCCAUGCAUCCACAUCACGCGGCCGCAUUACCUUCACCACGACGCGUAGCAGUGCCGGUGUUGGUGCGUAACGGCAAGCCAUGUCUGGCCGAUGGCACGAAAUUAUCGCAGGAUUGUAUGACACAGCAAAUGCAGAAUGCGGCGGCGGCGCAUCACUUGGUCUUGCACGCGAACGGCGCCGCGGCGUAUCAACAUGCAGCUGCAGCCGCGGCAGCGGGUCUACACGCAGCGCAUGCGCAUCCACAUCAACGUCCGUGGUGGCCUUAAUAUUGUUGAGAUCUAAUGGAGUGGAUAUGGCGGCGGCAUGGAAACGGCAAUGGGAGUUCGAGGGCAAGUGCCGCUUGUAGCGUGAAACAAUAGUAACAGCAGCAAUAUUUUAAUGUAUUUAUGCAUAUAUACAUACAUACAUACGUGUAUGUAAGCGUGUUGGGUGAUAUGAAUUUGAAUGUGAAAGCUUCACGAGGUGAGAGCUUUAGCUCGUAAAGAUUAAAUUUUAGCUUGUGAAUAUUAUAAUCACUGAAAGCUGUACAAAUUAGUGAAAGCUCUUUGUCGUGAAAGCUCAAGCUAAUGCAAGCUCUAUUUUUCUGCAUAAAUCUAAAAUUAGUAAAAGCUCAAAAUAGAAACAGUAUGAAAGCUUGUACUAUCAAAACUAGUAUUUGCUGAAAAAAUCUUUAUUUGUGGCGGUAGUUCAACGACGCUACUCGAAUAUUGGACAAUAAUUUCGGGAAAAAAUAAAUAUUCAAUGUAAUGUUGGUAUUCGUUGUCUCUGUGGUGCAAUAAAAUUCUAAGCAAAAUAAAAGAACACUAAAAUUGUACAAAUGUAAUCUUCUCUUAAAAAUAAAUGUAAAU